UGUUUUUAUUACUGUUUCGGUGGCAGGUGCUUAUUGCGGAUGCCUCCCGGGUCCCAGAGAUGCGGGUUUUAUCGCGGCGAUAGGGGGAAACCGGUCGGUCCUGCUCCCCGCGCGGGGUUCUGAGUCACGCCGCGCGGGCCGGCCUCUGCCAUCCGAGCGCGUUCCUGAGUGCCAUAUUUUUCAGAUGAGACAGGAGCCGGGGCACUGUGGGAAAAGGGUGCUGCUGCAACCUACGGGAACGGGGCACCUCCGGGCUGGGGCUGCCGCGUGGGAGCUGCGAGGCGCGGGCUCCUUCUGGGCCCGCGGAUCAGUUCCUUCUUCGUGGGGGAGGGAGAGCUCUGCGCGCGGCGAAGCUUCUGUUUGGGUGGUUCUUGGUCGCCCCGAGCGCCUCAGAGACGCGCCGGCUUCCUGCUCUCCGGAUGAGUUACGGGGCGUGCGGCUGUAGCUGCGUGAGGAGGUCUGGCAGCGUGCUGCUGCGCUCCGGUGUUUCUCGCUGCAGGCGUAUCCAGAGAAAGAGAAAUUUGGCACGGAAAUUCCAACAGCCCUGUCCACAGCACAUAGGUGGCCGGUUGUUAGCUAAGUCCGGUAGGAGGCGAGUAGGAAGGCUCGGUAUAAGAUUAGGAGACCCUUAGCUGUGUCUUUAUUUUCUCUGUUCUCUAUAUUUUGGCUGGUGAAGGAGGUACCUGUGUUGGUGUUGUUACGUUUCCGUGGGCUGUACCUGCAGAGUUGUGUAAGGAGCCGCCCACAAACACCCCGUGUUUUGCCUCCCUUUGUUUCGUGGUGUUUGGUACUUCUGCCUUUGUUCUCCACUCGCUGGGAAGGACUGCGUUCAGCUCUCACUUGGCUCAGCCGAGCAGAUGGUUAACGAUGGUUCUGAGGGCACCACGCUUGUUUCCGUUUCUGAGCCUUUCAGCAAUUACUGUGCAACGUGCUGUUUUAGUGUGGUUCAGUGGGGAAUGGUUGCCCUGUCGUUUGGGGUCUAAGAGCAGAAGGUGAAAUAAUUACAUGUGGGAGACGAUGGUGAAAGAACUAACCUGGUAACAGGCAAGACAAGGACAAAAAAACACUGGUCAGGAGGAGCAGUUGAUGGCAGUAGGUGAAGGACUUGGCAGGAAAGGGCUGAAGGGAGGACUGCCCCUCCUGCCAGCGAGCGUGGUCUCCUGUUACCAGCAGUGGUGUCAGUGAUAACAGUUGUUUGACUUUCCGAACCAAACAAUGGGAAAAUAUGUUUUUUGUAGAUUCCUGUGCUGCUUUUGGGACAGAGCUACACCCCAGGUUCUUGUUUAGACUUGUUCCUUUGAUACAAUAUGAUGAGAAAUUGGGAUAUGCUGGAAAAAGGAGAAAACUGGGAUCCACUCUUCCUUCAGGACCAGAACUAGUUCCUCCCCACUGCUUUCCAAAGCUGGCCGUAGGAGGUGUUGGCUCAGCACCCUGAGGUGACCUGCUGAGCUGCUGCACCACAGCUGGUCCCUCAUCCACUUGGAUGGGAUGGGGUAACGAUAGAGCUGAACUGGAUCAGGGAGAGCUGGCUCUGUCCCGCACCCUGUGGCGGGGAUCUUUGAUCCAGCUCCAGGUCACUUUACGGUAAUAGGAAGCUGACUGUGUCCAAGCGGUGAAAAGUGGAUGUGCCAUCUGAUGAAGAUAGAUGGAAUCUUUUAAUGAUGCAUCGCCAGGAAAACCAAAAGAAAUCCAGGAAGCAGAUCCUACAUAUGAAGAGAAAAUGCAAACAGACAGGGCAAACAGAUUUGAGUAUCUGUUGAAGCAGACUGAGCUGUUUGCUCACUUCAUUCAGCCUGCUGCUCAGAAAACUCCAACUUCACCUUUGAAAAUGAAACCAGGACGUCCACGAAUAAAGAAGGAUGAGAAGCAGAACUUGCUGUCAGUUGGCGACUAUCGCCAUCGUAGAACAGAACAGGAAGAAGAUGAGGAGCUGUUAACAGAAAGCUCCAAGACAACUAAUGUCUGCACUCGUUUUGAAGAAUCUCCAUCAUAUGUUAAAUGGGGAAAGCUGCGUGAUUAUCAGGUCCGAGGAUUGAACUGGCUCAUUUCUUUGUAUGAAAAUGGCAUCAAUGGUAUCCUAGCGGAUGAAAUGGGUCUUGGGAAGACACUGCAAACAAUCUCUCUCCUUGGAUAUAUGAAACACUACAGAAAUAUUCCUGGUCCUCACAUGGUCUUAGUUCCCAAAUCCACCCUACAUAACUGGAUGAAUGAAUUCAAGAGAUGGGUACCUACGCUACGAGCAGUGUGUUUGAUAGGUGACAAAGACCAGCGAGCUGCCUUUGUCAGAGAUGUGUUAUUGCCAGGAGAAUGGGAUGUCUGUGUAACAUCAUAUGAAAUGCUUAUCAAAGAAAAAUCGGUAUUCAAGAAGUUUAACUGGAGAUACCUAGUUAUAGAUGAAGCCCACAGGAUUAAAAACGAAAAAUCAAAGUUAUCAGAAAUUGUGAGAGAAUUCAAGACCACAAAUCGGCUGCUAUUAACUGGAACUCCACUUCAGAACAACUUACAUGAACUCUGGGCACUUCUUAACUUCCUUUUGCCAGAUGUCUUUAAUUCAUCUGAAGACUUUGAUUCAUGGUUUGAUACGAACAACUGUCUAGGGGAUCAAAAAUUGGUGGAACGCCUCCAUAUGGUUUUACGACCAUUCCUUUUACGUCGCAUUAAGGCUGACGUAGAGAAAAGUUUACCUCCAAAGAAGGAAGUUAAAAUUUACGUGGGUCUCAGCAAAAUGCAACGAGAAUGGUAUACAAGAAUCUUGAUGAAGGAUAUAGAUAUAUUGAAUUCUGCUGGAAAGCUGGACAAAAUGAGACUGCUGAAUAUCCUAAUGCAACUGCGAAAAUGUUGCAAUCAUCCGUAUCUUUUUGAUGGAGCAGAACCUGGUCCACCUUACACAACAGAUAUGCAUUUGGUCACCAACAGCGGCAAGAUGGUAGUACUGGACAAAUUACUACCAAAGCUGAAAGAGCAAGGUUCAAGAGUCUUAAUCUUCAGCCAGAUGACCAGAGUCCUGGAUAUCUUGGAAGAUUAUUGUAUGUGGCGAAAUUAUGAAUACUGUAGACUGGACGGACAAACACCUCAUGACGAAAGACAGGCUUCUAUUAAUGCAUAUAACGAACCUGGUAGCUCAAAAUUUGUGUUCAUGUUGAGCACACGAGCAGGAGGUCUUGGAAUCAAUUUGGCUACUGCUGAUGUUGUAAUUCUGUAUGAUUCAGACUGGAAUCCACAAGUAGAUCUUCAGGCAAUGGAUCGAGCUCACAGAAUUGGCCAAACAAAGACUGUAAGAGUGUUCAGAUUUAUCACAGACAAUACAGUGGAAGAAAGAAUAGUGGAACGUGCCGAAAUGAAACUCCGUCUUGAUUCCAUAGUCAUUCAGCAAGGAAGACUGGUGGAUCAAAAUUUGAAUAAACUUGGGAAGGAUGAAAUGCUGCAAAUGAUUAGACAUGGAGCGACGCAUGUGUUUGCCUCCAAGGAGAGUGAGAUCACAGAUGAAGAUAUAGAUCACAUUUUGGAAAGAGGUGCAAAGAAGACUGCAGAAAUGAAUGAAAAACUUUCAAAGAUGGGUGAAAGCUCACUCAGAAAUUUCACAAUGGAUACAGAAUCCAGCGUAUAUAAUUUCGAAGGAGAGGACUACAGGGAAAAACAGAAGAUGGCAUUUACGGAGUGGAUUGAACCACCGAAACGAGAAAGAAAAGCCAAUUAUGCUGUGGACGCUUACUUUAGAGAGGCUCUUCGAGUCAGUGAGCCAAAAGCACCCAAGGCACCACGGCCUCCAAAACAGCCAAAUGUACAGGACUUUCAGUUCUUUCCUCCACGACUCUUUGAACUACUGGAAAAAGAGAUUCUCUACUACAGGAAAACAAUCGGGUACAAGGUACCUCGUAAUCCUGAUCUGCCAAAUGCAGCCCAAGCGCAAAAGGAAGAGCAGCUUAAGAUUGACGAGGCUGAGCCUCUUAAUGAUGAAGAACUAGAAGAAAAAGAGAAGCUUCUAACCCAGGGAUUUACUAACUGGAAUAAGAGAGAUUUUAACCAGUUCAUCAAAGCUAAUGAGAAGUGGGGCCGUGACGAUAUUGAAAAUAUAGCACGAGAAGUAGAAGGAAAAACCCCAGAGGAAGUCAUAGAGUAUUCAGCUGUGUUCUGGGAAAGGUGCAACGAACUCCAAGACAUAGAGAAGAUCAUGGCUCAGAUAGAGAGAGGUGAAGCCAGAAUUCAGAGACGAAUCAGCAUAAAAAAAGCACUUGAUACAAAGAUUGGCAGAUACAAAGCCCCUUUCCACCAGCUAAGAAUAUCAUAUGGUACUAACAAAGGGAAGAAUUACACUGAAGAGGAGGAUCGCUUUUUAAUCUGUAUGCUUCACAAGCUAGGAUUUGAUAAAGAAAAUGUCUAUGAUGAACUAAGACAGUGUAUCCGAAACUCCCCCCAGUUCAGAUUUGACUGGUUUCUUAAGUCCAGAACUGCAAUGGAGCUACAAAGGAGAUGCAAUACUUUAAUCACCCUGAUUGAAAGAGAGAACAUGGAACUGGAAGAAAAGGAAAAGGCAGAAAAGAAGAAACGUGGACCAAAACCAUCUUCGGCACAGAAGCGCAAAAUGGAUGGUACUCCUGAUGGUCGUGGAAGAAAAAAGAAGCUAAAGCUGUGAAUGCAGAAUUUUUGUAAUCACUAAAUUUAAAAAGUAGUUCUUUAAUUUACGGGUCUUCAUAAGAUGUACUGUAUAAUGCUCAACUAUUAUGUCAUUAAAGGACAUCGGGUUCAUCUGUUUACUGAACUAGAAACAUAGUACUUAAUGUAGUUUCACUUUUUUAAAUGCAACAGCUGUGCUGACUUUUUUUUACCAUUAACACUUGAAAUAAUAAAUAGGCUUCAUUUAUUAAUAAUGCUUUA